CCCUUUGACAAAAAAAUCCUAAAACCCUAUAAAACAACAAAACUCAAUCGAAUCGAACACCAUCACUUUGUAUUGUUCCAGAAAAACCAAAAUCUCACUGGAAAACGCAAAAGGAAUUGGUGGAUUCUCGCAAUUAAAACGUUAAUUCACGGUUGAAUUGUUGUGUAUGAAAGUAAAUAAGGGAAAAAAAGACAUACGAAGUUUGGAAAAAAAGAUGAAAAAAAGAAACAUGGAACCAAAUACCGAUGUUGAGACAUUGAAUCUAGUUACUACUGUCGGCCGAAAAAGGAAGAACAAGGACAAAAAUUUAGUUGAAAGACAAAAAUCAGAAGAUGAAGAACAAGUUGAUUUGCAAGAUCAAAGUGAUGGAUUAGUGGAACAUUGUGAUUCUAAAGCAGAGGAGGUCAAAGACUCUAAGGAGAAUAAAGAUUCUAAUAUUGGAGCAGCUAUCAAACCUUGUAGGUCAAAAGAUGAUAAGAAGAAUAGAAGAAAGGAGGUUCCAAAAUCACACGAAAAGAGAGAACAGGAUCAUCAGAACGAGUGUCAUAUUAUUUCCUCAGGAAAUUAUGACUGCUCAAAUGGAAUUAAAAAGUGGAUUAUGGAAUGCCGACAAAGUAGACCAGGAUUGGAGGUAUUGCAGCAUCACAUUGACGAUUUUAUAACUGCUUACGAGGAAAAAUUGGAAAAGGAAAGAAAAGUAAAAGAAGCCCUUGCUGCAGAAGGGGGGUGGACGGUGGUUGAACACCACAAGGGUAGGAAGAAAACAACUGACUCUGAAAGUGGGAUUGCUGUGGGCUCAGUUGCUCAAGCUGCUGUAGAGAAUAAAUUGGCCAGAAAGAAACCUAAAGAAGUUGGUCUAGAUUUCUACUGCUUUCAAAAAAGGGAAGCUCAGAGAAAUGAGAUUAUGGAAUUGCAGAGCAAAUUUGAGGAGGAUAAAAAACGUCUGCAACAGCUGAGAGCUGCUAGGAAAUUUAGACCAUAUUAAAUUGAUAGCAGCCAAGGUUGAAUGUUCUUUUCUUUGGGGGAGGGGAUUAUAUUUAUGAUGAAGUCCUGAAAUAGUGAAAUUGGAAUUAUCCUAUAGUCUUGAAAAACUUGGCUCAUUUAUCAUUCCAAUUUUAUGGAGAAUAUUUGUAAAUGUAAAUUUAAUUUGAAAAUAUUUGAAAAACUCGGAGGAAGCAGUUAUUCUAAUUUGAGUUUAUGCUAUGAUU